AAAGAUAUGUUAAAUAAGGCUUAGAAAGGACACAUAGGAAGAAAUACCAUGGAAUUUAAUGUCAAGAAAACAUGUUAUUUAAUUUAAUUUCCAAAAAUGUGUAAAAGAAAGUCGCCUAUUUUAUGGAUUCUUGGAGGUACUGCUUGUGUGACCAUGAUGAUCGUACUUCUGCGACACGUAUUUAGGGUCAGCACAUACGAUAUUAUUUUCCUUACUCCGGUUGUUAUUGUCAUUGGCUUUGCCUCUAUAAUAAAACUGAUGUCGAAUGUGGAGCAUAUCCAUUUUGCUCUGCUCUCUAUUUUUGUCAUACCAAUAUGCGGUGCAUUCGUAUUUUUAUUGAAGAUAAACAGUCUACUGAAGGACUGGAGGUCUUUUCAAAUAUAUUUUAAAAUCGGACAAAUUUUGCAUUUGACGUUUUUAUUGGGUAAGCAAUUAUGUUGUGGUAAUCAAAUAUCUAAAGUUAUUAGUGUUUUCAUGCUUUUGGCUUCUGUUCAUUUUGACCUAUUUAAAUGAAACGAAUGGUUCCGGCUAGUGCUAAUGGAAAUAUUAGGAGAACGCUCGGGCCAACAAUUAUGCCGGAAAACAGUUUAUAAAGUUACAAUUCCAUUCAUCGACAACGUGAUUAGCUGAAAAUUUGAUGCCAAACUUCUGAUGAAUGAAAAUCACCGGAAAGUUUACCGCUGGCAAGCCCUUCUAAUAAGACACAUUGUCUAGCCGAAGGAUAUGGCCAAAACGAAAGGUA